UGGCCUUUUGAAUUCAUUUUCGCGCCUUCUGCACCUUUGGGCAUUUUUCUGGUGCAUUUCAAAGCACCCGGGACCGUUCUCUGAAAAGAAAACAUCUGAUCGCUGCACUUCUGCCGUUUCCCCGCUUGUAGGGAGUUGCGUUCUCCUGCGUCGCUCUCGCAUUUCUUCGCCUUGGUCCGGAAAGCAACUUUACCUGCUUUGAUUCCACCCGAAGACGUGAAAAUAAUAACAAAAGCAGCUGAUCUGGUUUUGGAGUGUUUGCACGCAGUCCGCUGGCCGAGCGACGGCAAUAAAUAGGAUUUGUUGUUGGUUUGCUGCACGCGGGAGGCGGAAAGAGGACCGAGCCUGACAUCGUCGCGGCGCGCUGAAAGGUGCGAAGUGCGAAGCUGCUCUGCCGCGUCGCUCGUCGUUGGUACGAGGGAGAGCAAGAGCACGUACGGCGAGGCUUUCGGUUUCGUCAUUGCUGUGGAGUUGAGCUGUUCGGAGUGCGGCGGCCGCUGCUUUUGUUAUUUCGCCAGUCGAGUCUGCUUCCUUGUGCUGUCGUGCAUUAUUAGUUGGUGGGUUGUGCGCGAGGGUUCAUCGUCGAUCAGCCGUGAACUGUCUGCUGAAGGUAAUUCGAAGGGUGCCAGAGGGCAAGAGACGGCGAGGAAGUAACAAAUUCUAGUGCUUGUGCCUGCGAGGGUCCGGUAGAAGUUUUCUUUGCGCUGCCAUAGCAUCGGCCGUUCGGCUUUGUGCGUCAUUUAUUGUUGUUCUGCAACCCGACCGUGCGCUGAGUGCUCCGGGAAGGCACUCGAAGGCUGCAGAUUCGCGUAGUGUCGGAAGUUGGCAAGGGGAUUGCUUCUUUCGCUGGCGAAUUCGGAAUCAUAUCUGUGAUCUGUGCAAGUAUUUUCCCUCGUACAACUGCCUGGAACCAGACAAGUCACAACUGUAGAACGUUCAGUGCCGAAAGCUGAUUGUUAAGUUAAUGAAAUGUAGAUAUUCUUACAACAAAAGUCUCUUGAAAUAAGCGAAUUUUUCAUCGAAUAAGCUUCAAAAAGCGAUGGUAAUCAUGUAAAAGAUUGAAAGUACAAGUGGCCGCAUAAUACAUAAGAGUAAACGUGUGCAUUCAGUAUUCGUAAUUUCUAAAGUUCAUACCAUGCGCGUUAAAAGUUAAGAAAAAAAGUAGUUGUGUAAAUACAAGUUGAUAAUAUAAAGUAAAGCACACGCCAUAGUGUAGAUAUGCUUCGGUUACUUGUUAUUUAGCAGGCACAUACUGAGAUAGUCUGUGCAAUCAAAAACAAAGUCUUCUGUGGUAUGUUGACAAAUAGUCGUGAGCCUAAACAACGCGUUAUCCAGUUUAGAUUGCAACAAUUUUCGAAAAGAGGAGAACGGGUAAAACCCGUCUGAACAGCCGUCAGAAUGUUGUACGUAUUCCACGUUGACUGCGGUCGAAUGAUGAAAUUCGACAUGAACAUGGCAUUAUCGAAGGUGGAAAAUUUAAAACAUACGAUAGAGCUUCUACAUGGCUUUUCUGCUGCGCACCAGGUACUUCUGGUGAGCGGUGGUGAAAUGCUUCAACCUGGAUCGAUGGUUUGCAGCUAUUCUGCCGGAACAGAUACCAAUCCAAUCUACAUGUUUACAACGGAGGAUCCAGUAGAUAGUAAAAACAAUAAAAUUCCAUGGCCAAGUAUAGAACCUAUUGUUUUAGACGUGGAUCUCAAGGAUCAAGUUGAAAGAUGCUUAGCCCUACCAGCAACAUAUGCAACAGUGGUACAACGAGCCCAACUCUCGCAGCAAAUUUUCGACUUGGCUCGAGAGGAAGAAUCGAUUUGUGAAAGACUUGUUCAUGAGCAACAUCUGCAACAACAAGGCUGGUCAGCAGUUAUAGCGAACAUGGAAGAUUUGGUUACCGAUUUCAAAGAACGAUAUAAACACUUCACGGAAGCAUUCGAGGUCUAUAUGGGCCAACGAGGCGCGCUGUGCGAAGCUUUGAAGACUUUUGAAAUUGACGUUGAGGUUCUAGGACGUAUUCCUGUCUUACCUAAUUUAUUGAAAGGAGUGGAAUACGAUUCGCAUGGAUUCGAUGAAAUAUCUGAAAAAGACGUUUCUGAAGAGGUAUCACAUUCGAGAAAUGAGGAAUUGUUAGCCAUGGCCAGGGCGAAAACAGUUUCUAAAUCUGAAGAACUAGCGGUAGUGAAGAGUGAACAAGAAAAUCGAAGUUUGAAGUCGGAAGGAAGUCUUUCACAUUCAUCACAACUUCAAAUUAGUUUACUGCAAUGGAUGUCAUUGAAGGAUAAUCAUUUAGCCCUAAAAUCGAUGUCGGAAGAAUGCCUUCGUGGUAUGGAAAUGUUGGAAGAUAGAAAAGUUCAACUCCUUAGAACUGAUAUUGCCAAUAUUCUCAAAAUGGCUGAACAGGAGGAAAUAAAAGAAAUUAAAGGUCUAGAAGAUCGGCUGUGUGGUCUUGAAAAACUUAUGUUUGAUCUCAAGAAAAUUGUCCAGGAACAACGUGAAUUGGCUACUGCUUUUCAACAGAAUCAAAACCGUGCCAGCAAUCUGGGCGAUCCAUCAAUCCUUCCUGAUUUGUGUGCUUCGCAUCGAAGCCAAUUGUUAGUUAUGCUACAAAGCCAAAGAAAAAUUCGCGAUAUACGUCGGCGCAUUUCAAAAGCGAAAGAAGAAUUGUCCGACAAUCUUUAUAAAAGACUAAAAUAUAUUGUCCACAUAGAAAACACUAUGUUGGAACUGGCUAACAAUUUGUUAUUCUAUCAUCGUUGUUUAAGACGAAUCGACAGUCACCUAAGUGUUAUAAAGCAAAUUCACGAGGCACCCACAAUUUAUGUGACCGCUGUGAUGGAGGUGGUGCAGAGGCGCUCGUACUCAACGGCGUUUAGUUCUUGGGCUUCCAGUUUAGCCAGUGAUCUAUUGAAUAUUUAUAAGGACGAAAUAACACGGCGACAAGAAUUUGAUAUUAUGUUUCGCGGUCAUUUUUUGGGAUCAUUGUUCCCUGGCUUAACAGACAUGCCACCUGAAUUUGCCACGGAAAUCCCAGCUCCUUUCGAUGAAUGCUUACCAGAUUUGACAAAAAAUGAUCUGGAAACUUUAUCAACAUAUAUGCCAGAUAUAACUUCGAACUUUCCCCUUUCGCCUGUAAACCCUGUGAUAGAAUUUUUCAAUUCCAGAUCUGGAAAUAGGAGUACACAAGAUAAAAGUUGCUUAUCAGGCAAACUGCAGUCUAUCGAAGGUCCGCAGGUAUUGCCCCGGCCUAUUGAUAUAUAUUCCCAUUUGAAGGAUGGGUUUGAAUCUGAAACUGAUACAGAAGAAUUCGAGAAAGUGGGCCAAAGUCCUAAUGAGCGGAAAUUAUCAGCAGCUGCAACAGCCGUGACUAUCGCUACUUCAACAAGUCAGUUGAAAGUGGAGACUGUGACCAUAAGUACAACCACUGAGCGGGUCGAAAUGCAAACGGCGCAGACUUCCACUGAGAUGAAAAAGAAAUCAUCGCGUCUGAAUACACUCCCCAUAUCUUCGAGGACAAAUGAAUUAAUGUUGCCAGCUAUCCCUGAAAGUGAUUCCACUGAAACCUCUCCCCACUCCCUUACUCAGUUCGAAGAUAGUAGAAGAUCCCCUGAUCCUUUACAAAAUCCCUCAACAAAUACAUUUCCUUUAUUACUGGGCCACCAACAUCCGCAGCAGCAUUUGCAUACUCAACAAGGACCCUCUAGAUCGCCAUCUUCACCAUCUAAUCAGGCGGCCAACAAUGUAUUACUAAUUGAUAAUGAAUUUAUUAAUUCGGAAUUUUAUAUCGAUGAAUCUCUACCGUCAAGCCUGAAAGGCGACAAUGGAUACAGUGAGGAUGGAGAUAGUGACUCUUUCGACCGGCACUGUGGUGAUGAAGAGUAUGAGAAUAACCAAAAUGUGGACACAUCCUUUUCAUAUCAAUACAAGAAUAGAAGCGAGGAUAAUUCAUGUCCCCUGGACGCUUCGUUAACCAACAAUAGUCGCGAGUCAUUGGAGACAGUAAUUAGUUUACUUCAGGAUAAUUUGGGUUCAACGACAUUAGAGGUGGAGCGGUUGAAAGCCUUACUAAAAUCGAUGUCACAAUUAUCGUUGGAAGCUUUAACUUUGCUACGAUCGGAAAUGCAACGAACCAAAUGCGAGACUGAGUCUUGCAAUCGCGAAAUGCAAGAUGAGAUAAAGCAUUUGCAUGAACGAUGGUUCACUAUGAAAAGUGAAUGUGAGGCCAAGGAGGCGGAAAAUAAUAGACUUAUUGCCGAGCAGCAUGACAUGGCUAUCAAAGAACUCUGCUCGACUCUCAAGAAGAAGCAGGAUGAAUUCAUUACCUUAGAAGGUAACUACAAGGAACUCGAAACAAAAUUGACAAAGGAUGCUGAGGAGUUCGAAACGAGAGAGAUUACUUUGAAGGAAGAAAUUGCGAGGAUGAAUGCGAGAAUUUGUGAACUGGAGACACAGCUGCAAAACGCGGAAAUCGAAAAAGAACGAGCGGUAGCCGACUGUCGCGACAAGAUAAUUCACGAACAUAAAACAGAAAUAGAAUCUCUUCGUUGCCGCUUUAAACUAAUGACAAAUAUGGAACGGUCGCCAUCCGACAUAAGCCUCGAAAAGAUCGAACGACCUGACGUAAUUGAUAUCAUGAGUCAUGAAUCGAUAAUACAGCAACUCCGUGAAGAUUUCGAAAACGAGAAGACACGAGCUAUCGAAGCAGCCAUUGAGAAGGAGCGCCUGAAAUGGGCGGAGAAUCAAAAAUCUGCCUCAUCGAGUAGCAUUAGUCCCGAUGCAUUCCGAAAGAUAAUUGAAGAGAAAGAGCGACAACUUGAUGUUAUGCGGGAACGUGAUUUGAUAUUGUCAAAGGAAAAUGCGCAAUUAAAAGUAAAAAUCGAAGCGCUCGCAAACGAAGAGGAAAGUGAUAGGGUGUAUCUAAAGGAUCAAAUAGACAUUUUGAAUAGAGACAAAGUGCGCAUGGAGUCCGAAUUGCGUGCUGAGAAGAUGCGUCGAUUGGAAAUGGAAUCAUCGGUUGCGACUAUGAAAUUAUCAACAUGUCGCGAUUUGGAAGGCGGAAGCACUUCACGCUCAAAACCUACUACUUCUAGUCAAUCGCCUUUGAAACUAGGCGUUCAAAUAGAUAGCUGCAACAGAGGCGAUACAAUAUUCGUAGUUUGGAAUAAUAGACAUGGUCAAUAUAUUAUUGUCCAAGAUUCAGCGACAUUAUAUUUCCUACAUAGCGAUAGCCACAGUGCGUUAAACUUGAAAGCGCCCAGCUGCACAAUAUCGGACUUCCCCGAGCCAUACUACUGUGUCGGGCGAGUGGUCGAUAAGGAGUACUGCCAUGCAAGAAAGGACGAAAAUCGUUAUAAAGUAUCGAAAGGAACGAAAUUUUAUCGAGUUAGAGUACAACCAAUUAUUAAAUCAGAAUCCAGCCGCCAUAGCCGCCGUGAACGCAAUGAAUCCACUUCUAGCGCGUCAAGUGUUGCUGUAAGCCGCUCAACGAGUACUCAGCAUUUGAUAGAUUCCUUUGCGCAAACGGAUACAUCAGGAAUUUGCACCUCGGCGAGUCAAGAUAUGACAGAUUCUAUAAAUACUAGAGAUAGGACUAUAAGUGUCACAGAAGAGGAUGAAGAGCAAGUCUCAUUAACCGACCGCUAUCGUUGUGUUAGUUUAAGUGAGGAGGAUGAACGAACUCUAGAAGGAAGUGCAAUCGCAGCGGCAACAAAUUUGCCUGGAAGUCAGGACUUCAGUACUGCUACAGCCUCUACUACUGCUACUAACCCUCCACCACAAAUAUCAACUGAGUGUUCGUCAGAGAAAGAUCAAGACGAUUCCGAUGAAUAUCGAUCGUUAGAAGCUAAAGACGAAACAUAUUUUUCAUCUGGAAUAGUUUAGAAAAACACAAUAUUCAUUUGCAGUCGUUCAUCUUAUUUUGUAUUUUGUAAAGUUUACGCUGUACGUACGUAGAGAAAUUUUAUAGAUAAGACGUAAUUUUCAUUUUAUUUGAAAAGAUGUUGGAUCACAAAUUUUAUAAAAACUAAUAAAAUUGCAAUAGAAACUUAUGAUCCGUUUUCGCCUUAAUUGAUAUUGAGACAGUGUAGCUUUCAUUUUGGAGAAAGAGACACAUUUUAAUAGUUAAAGCCUUUCCUGCAGAUGACAAAUUUUAUCUUUAAACUGAGGAAAUAUAUUUUUUUAAAGUCUAUACCGCUGAAGUUUUCGUUUUGAGGAGAAGAAUAUUUACACGAGAGCAAGUUCAAGAUGAAGCUGAAGAAGCGUAGAAUGUGGAAAAUAUAAAUAUAUUCGAUCCAUUCGACACGUGUAAUUGUGUUAGGUCGAUACUUAUUCGCAUGAGGACCGCAACGAGCCCUUAUUAGCGUGGGCCAAGUGGAAGUUUGAGUGCCAAUCAAUUAAAAGCCUAUGAAUUAAAACAACGAAAUUGUAUAAUGCAGCUAAACUUCUCUGGUAAUUCGCUUGCAUUUACCUCUUCAUAUAUUUUCAAUAUUAUAUUUAAUAGAACAUGACCAUGACUCAGAAAAUUGAUAAUAACAAUAAUCAAGAGAGUUCGAUUUGCGGAAGGAAACUUGUAGAAGUUUCAACUGUUUUGAGCAUACAAAAAGGUCUUCUCGCUAUUUGACUUUCAAGGCAGCACGAAAGAAACGAAUAUAUUUAUAUGAACAAGUCUAGAUCUUCGUUUAUAUUUUGUAGUGUUUCCAAUAAAACCAAGUCCAUACAAAUUUAUUCGUGUGAUUCUUUGAAUAUCAAAAUAUUUUUAUCGCUCUUUCUACUAAAGUAAAAUCCUUUCUGUAAACCUACAGCCCAAAUAAAUCUAAACAUAUUUUAAUAGGAUCAAAAUAUCUAGAAUUAAACUGUUUACCUUAUAAAUAAAAAUCUGUAUCUCUAUGUAUAUUAUGUAUUUCCAGAAUACGACCUUUCGUAGUAUUGGAAUAUUCACACUUAUUGAACCACUUUUAUCGCCAUUACAAAUAAAUAUGGACGCUUGAGGUAGAGUUUUGAUGUUUUUUUGUGUUAUUUUUCGAAUGUUUUGUUUUUCACAAGCUCAAGAAUUAAGUAGAACUACGAUUUGUAUCGAAAAUUCACGACGCAAACAGUAUGUUAUCCAUACGGUAUCGAAGUAUCCAAUGUAUAUAUAAAUAAAACAUGUCUUUCACAAAUGCAGAGAAAAUAAAUAGAAGGUAGACAACAAUUUGGAUGAUGAUGAUAUCUAUCAAAGCAGGCGGGAUUUUUAAAACAGUGAUGAAAUCAGUUGAUGUAGAUAGGCGCAAGUAGUGAACUUAAUAUACAAGCGACUUCUAAGACUAUUGGAUAUAAGUUGAUACUUGGUUUAUGCUUUCUAUGUUAAAUGACUUUAUACCACGGCAUGGGAUGAAGCGAAAAUGGAAUUCAGUUUUAGACAUAAUUCUCCGACUGGAGUGUAAAAUAAAUCAAAAGCAGACGUUCCCUAGAGUACAUAUCUGCACAGCUUUCAUUGCCUUGACUCAACUAUGAAGUGUUAAAAUAAGUAGAUUCGCUCGGACUAUGAUUUUAUGCUUGGUUUAUCCUACACGGUUUUCAAAAAUUUAGUUGUGAGGCUUACUUUACAUGAACGUCUAAUUAUAUAUAAUUUUAAGUGAUUCUCACCAUCCAAUUCGAUAUAAAAAUACAUUUUAGUAAAUAAUUGUCCGUGGUUUAGAAUGAAAAUGAUUUAUGAAAAACACAUCAAUUUGAAGUAGUUGGUUUGCGACAAUUAUUCCAUUUUUUAUCCAGCACAAAUAGAAACAUUUCUCUUCGCUUAGCUUACAUAGAAAACCGCGAUUCGUCCCAUUUAUAGGAUAUUCUAAAGCUCUGGAAUUCAAUUUGGAAAUUGAAAUGAUCAGUGUUUGAUUAACAAUAGUUGAAUGAACAGCAUCAUGUGUUGCCGCAAAAAUUUAAUACAGCUAAAGGAUUUCAUUUGCUUAAAUAACCUACGGGAAAUAAUAUCAUUCAACAUAAAUACUAGAAUAGAAAAAUGAUAAAAUUGACAAGUUUUUUACAACCAACUCUAUUUUUAUAUUAUGAUUUCUCUGAUAUAUUUUCAAAUACUGUAUUCAUCAAAAUUUUCAUUCGACGACUACUACUAAGAAGUAAGGAAACAAAUGUGAUAGUUAAAGGAAAAUUUAUUAUAAGAAAAUGUAUGAGAACAAAACAUAGCAAGACGAGAAUUCUUUCUUAACUUAUUUUAGAAUGGUGUGUAGCCAGAAAUGGUGAUGAGAAUGGCGCGAUUGAAAAGAAAACAGAAGUUUGUUGCCGAAUAUUGAUAUGUAUAUAAUAAGCAAAAGAAAUGAAGACGGUAUGAGAUGUUAGCGAACGACGUUGGUAUAUUAUCUUUGUCGUGAUUAUAUUUGUAAACUAUAUAAGAUAAUGAACUGUAAUUUUUAGGUAACAAAAGUUAUAUAAAACAAUUUACAAGUGAUUAAAUAAAAGCAGAAUUUUUUUAAAAUUUA